AUGGAGGUCUCCUCCCCGCCGGCGCCGAGCGUUGGGGCAGCCAACGGCAUCGCGACGCCAGCGCCCUUCCAGACAAUCGAGCCGGAACGCGUGGUCGAGCACCUGGCAUCCGUUUGCCAGGUAGCCCUCGGCGCCACGCGCGAGGAGCUCGAGCAGCCGGGCAACCUGCUGCAUAAGAGUCGCUAUGCCGAGACUGUUUCGCGUUGCACUCGUUUCGCAAAUGAUACCCAGAACGUCCUGUAUAUUCAGAAAGACAUUGCCGCGGCAUCGGCUGUUGAGAAUGGGACCGACACGGCUGGUGAGCGCGAGGCUUGGACCAUCGCCGCGGACCAUGUCGAUGCUGACCUGCUGCUUGAAGUGCCUUCGUCCUUUCACUACACGCUCUCGACCGAGAUAUCCUCGUCAGCUACGACGGUAGCCUCGCUCGUUCUGUUGAAGACGCCGCAGCCCAUCGACCCGACCCGACCGCUCACUUCACAAAUAUUCAUUACUAAUUUGCCGGGACCUGCUUCUCUUAAUGCCGCCGUGGGAGAGCAGGGCGCCUCACUAUCCCCGUGGGAGGUCCUCCAUUCCCAGGUUCACCAUGCACUCGUGCCGUACUUCGAUGCGAAUACCAAGAGCCAGCAGCUGGCCAACGGGUCCAGGGGCCGUGCAGACGUCGACGCGAAGACGGGCAUCCCAGUGACCAAGAAGAGGCUCAACGAUUUAGAGCUGAGUCUCCUUCACCUCCAGCAAAACGUCGACAUUCCCGAAAUCUCCCUCACGUUCCACUCGAUUGUUCAAAAUGUUCUCGACGAUGCCGAGUCGCGGCAUACCCGUCCCACGAUCGACGAAAUACCCGCCAAUCUGCUACAAGACAGCACUUUCCUCAACAGACUGCAGGCAAACGUGAACUCGUGGAUCAAGUCGAUCCAAGGCGUCACCAAGAUGACCAAGGACCCGUCGCUGAACGCCAACCAGGAGUUCAGCACGGCGAGCCAGGAAGUCAACUUUUGGUUGUCCAUGGAGUCUGCCCUGGAGGGCAUCGAAGGCCAGUUGAGGAGCGAGGGUGUCUUGCUCACCCUCGAAAUACUCAAGCACGCCAAGCGAUUCCAAGCCACCGUCAGCUUCACGGCAGACACAGGGCUGAAGGAAGCGAUGGAGAAGGUGCAAAAGUACAAUCAGCUCAUGCGGGACUUCCCUCUGGAUGAGCUCUUGUCAGCGACUUCGCUCCCCAAAGCCCAAGAGGCUGUGUCGCAGAUUUUCAGCCACCUGAACAAGAAGCUGAGGAUAUGCCCAUAUCCCAUUCGACGGGCACUUCCUCUGGUCGAAGCCAUCUCUGCGGACCUGGAUGAUGUGCUUCACCGCCUGCUCCCUGGCACCGAGCUCGUCAACCUGGAUUACCAGCAGUUCCAGGCCCUCAUGCGAACCUGCGACGGCAUCUUCAGGACCUGGGAGGACAACGUCAAGGAGUUCACCAACGUCGCUCGUGAGGUCACCCGACGCAGAAACGAAAAGUUCAUCCCGAUCAAGAUCAACAAGAAGCAUUCUGAGCUCGAGUCGCGUAUCAAGUACGUCGGAACCUUCCGCGACAACCACGAGCAGCUCCAGCGAACCAUCGUCAACGUGUUGGGCCCUAAAGCCACAAUCCCUGGCGUGACCGAAACGACCAGCAGCAAUGGAGUCGUCAUGGAGGAGAUGGGCGAUGUCGAUGCGGUAGAGGAGGUCAAGCAGGCUUGGGAGGCCCUGCAAAACGUCGACUUGCUCGACGUCACCGACCAAGGCAAAGAACGAUGGGUUCGCGCCGAGAAUCUCUACAACGAGCGCACGACGCGUGUAGAAAACUCCAUCAUUGCCCGACUGCGAGACCGCUUGGCGACGGCCAAGACAGCCAACGAGAUGUUCCGCGUCUUCUCCAAGUUCAACGCACUCUUCGUGCGGCCAAAGAUUCGCGGAGCCAUCCAGGAGUAUCAAAACCAGUUGAUGGACCACGUCAAGCAGGCAAUCAACGGCUUGCACGAGCGCUUCAAGCAGCAGUAUGGACAUUCCGAGGCGCACGCCAUGGCACAACUUCGCGACCUCCCCCCUGUCUCGGGUGCCAUCAUCUGGGCCCGCCAGAUUCAGUUCCAGCUGGAUGGGUAUAUGCGCAAGGUCGAGGCUGUACUUGGUCCGGAUUGGCAUCUGCAUGCCGAAGGCCACAAGCUGCAGGAAGAGAGUGAUCUGUUCAAGAACAAGCUCGACACGGCACGGAUAUACGAAGCGUGGCUGGCGGAUGUUGGCCGAAGAAAGAUUUCCAUUUCUGGCCAACUUUUCGAAAUUGCUCGAGUAAGGUCUGCAGGCGGCAUUCUCGAGCUGGCAGUCAACUUUGAUCCGCAAAUCAUCACACUCUUCAAGGAGACAAGAAACCUGAUGUGGCAGUCAUAUUCGGUCCCUCACGCAGUCACGACGGUGUCAAAGGACGCCAAGAGAGUGUACCCAUACGCGGUCAGUUUGAUGGAGAGUGUGCGAACGCUGUCUCAAACUCUGCGUCAGAUCUCUGAGAUGGGCGAAGAAUCGAUUCUCCUUCACGGAUAUCGGAACGAUGUGUACAGACUCAUUGGCGAGGGCGUGCCGCUUCGUUGGGAGUCUUUCAUCAACUCCCAUGAGCUGUUCUACGCCGACGCGAGGCAAUCCCGACCGCUUCUCCCUGGUGGCAACGACUUUGGCCUCAACAAAAACACGGAAAGCAAGCACGGCAUGUUCAUCCGCGGAUUCGCCGCGGCUGUCUCGGUUCUACAGAGCAAGGCUGUCUCCCUUAUUCACAUCCAUGUCGUGGUUGAGCAGGCAUUGAAGGAGCUCAGCACCUGUCCCUACGAAGCAUCGGCUUUUUCGUCACGCCUCAACACCAUCCAGUCAGCCGUGGAUCAACUGAAUCUGGAGCAGUACGUGAACCUCGACUUUUGGGUUGCAGGGUUGAACCAAAAGGUUCAGUCCAUCCUCUUGGACCGGCUGCACGACGCUGUCCAGGCUUGGAUCGCAGCCUUUGAGGACGAAACCGCGGAAGAUGGGCGCCGGAAGAAGACCACAGAAGAGGACAGCCCACAGGACACUCCAAUCAUGAAGCGUAUCGUCCUUGAGCUGGCAAUGCGAAACCAGGUCAUCUACCUGGAUCCGCCCUUGGAAUUCGCAAGGGCUAGCUGGUUCCUCCACCUGCACGACUGGCUCGGCAUUGUGUGCAACCUCCGCAAGAUCAAGGCUUCUCGGUAUCAAAUGAGCCUACAUGCCAAUGCCAACGACGAGCCACGCUUUACCGAUCUGCCUACCGAAUGCGCAAACAUGCUGCAUCGCGUUUACGUGUCCGUUGAGAAGAAGCUUCAGGAGAUUAGCGCAUAUGUCGACAAGUGGCUUCAGUUCCAAUCUCUUUGGGAUCUUCAGUCGGAGCAGGUCUACGACAUGCUUGGUGACCACCUUCCGCGAUGGCUGGAGUGUCUGCAGGAUAUCCGCAAAGUCCGCACCACCUUUGACACCCAGGAGGUGAGCCGCUCGUUUGGCCACAUCACCAUCGACUACGAUCAGGUCCAGACCAAGGUCAACGCCAAGUACGACCAGUGGCAACACGAAAUCCUGAUCAAGUUUGCCAGCCGACUCGGAAACCGUAUGCGAGACGUCAAUGCCGACAUUGAGAAGGCCCGGAAGCAUCUUGAAGGCCAGAGCUCAGACACCUCAUCCACUGCCCAGGCCGUUCAAUUCAUCACUGCUGUGCAGAGUUGCAAGCGGAAUGUCAAGCUUUGGGCACCCGAAAUCGACAUGUUUCGCCAAGGACAGUCAACCCUGGUGCGACAACGGUAUCACUUCCCGAACGACUGGCUGCAUAUCGAGCAGAUCGACAGCCAGUGGGAGGCGCUAAAGGAGAUUCUGGAGAAGAAGUCGAGAGUCAUGGAGGAGCAGUCGGACGCCAUGCGAGCCAACAUCACGGCGCAGGACAAGCUGGUGAAUGAGCGUAUCGCUGAAAUCAUCUACCAAUGGAACGAGGAAAAACCGGUGUCUGGGACCAUCCAGCCUGAUGUGGCUUCUGCCACGCUGAGCUCCUUCGAGUCGCGCAUAGCCAGCCUCCAGGACGACUUCCUCCAGGUAGUCAAGGCCAAGGAAGCCCUGGAUCUUCCGGCUAGCCAAGACAGCUCCCUCGAGGCGACGCUGGAAGAGGUCCGAGAUUUCCAGUCAGUCUGGUCGAACCUGUCGACCAUUUGGGCUAGCCUUAACGAGACGCGCGACAUUCUUUGGACUGCAGUUCAGCCUCGCAAGAUCCGGUCCAAAGUUGACGACCUAAUCAAGAGCACGAAAGAGAUGCCUAGUCGCAUGAGACAGUACGCAGCCUUUGAGCAUGUCCAGGGCAUUCUGCGAGGAUUCCUCAAGGUCAACCCCAUCCUCUCGGAUCUCAAAUCGGACGCCAUCCGCGAGCGGCAUUGGCACAAGAUUUACAAGCAGAUCAAGCCACAGAAACGAUUCUCUCCCAGUUCUAUGACGCUCGGCGAUGUCUGGGACCUCAACCUCAUUGCCACCGAGGCAAUUGUCAAGGAUAUCAUCGCCCAAGCGCAAGGCGAGAUGGCGCUUGAAGAGUUCCUGAAGCAAGUUCGUGAGACUUGGCAGAACUACGCCCUGGAGAUGGUCAACUAUCAGAACAAGUGCCGCCUGAUCCGCGGGUGGGACGACUUGUUCGCCAAGUGUAGCGAGAACCUGAACUCGCUGCAGGCCAUGAAGCAUUCCCCCUACUACAAAGAGUUUGAGGAAGAGGCUGUUUCCUGGGAGGACAAGCUGAACCGUGUCCAUGUCUUGUUUGAUGUCUGGAUUGACGUCCAGCGCCAGUGGGUCUACCUGGAAGGUGUCUUCACAGGCAAUGCGGACAUCAAGCACCUGCUGCCGAUUGAGUCCGGUCGUUUCCAGAACAUCAACAGCGAAUUCUUGACGGUCAUGAAGAAGGCCAACAAGACGCCUUACGUCCUAGACGUGCUCAACAUCCCCAAUGCUCAAAAAUCACUGGAGCGUUUGGCAGAAAUGCUGAACAAGAUCCAGAAGGCUCUGGGUGAAUACCUCGAGAAGGAGCGAGUGUCGUUCCCUCGCUUCUACUUUGUCGGCGACGAAGAUCUGCUGGAAAUGAUCGGCAACAGCAACGACACUUUGCGCAUCGCCAAGCACUUCAAGAAGAUGUUUGCUGGUUUGUCCGGUCUCGUGAUGGACGAUGAAGCCAUCAUCUCAGGGUUCACGUCGAAGGAAGGCGAGAUCGUCAAGCUGAAGAAGGAAAUUUCCCUGGCAAAGACCCCGCGAAUCAAUGACUGGCUCGCUCUCCUCGAGAACGGCAUGAAGUCCACGCUCGCCGAGCUCCUGGCUGAAGCCGUGGACCAGUACACACCAAUCUUCGAAUCGGAGACCAUAGAGAUCGAGGCCCUGAACGCGUUCAUGGAGCAGUUCCCUAGCCAGAUUGUUGUCCUGGCUACCCAAGUCGUCUGGACCACAGCCGUGGAAAAGUCUCUUGGCGCUGGUGGCCAGACCUUGCAAACGCUCUUCGAGCGAGAGGUCCAGGUUUUGCGUGUGCUCGCCGACACCGUUUUGGGCGAGCUGGAAGUCACCCUUCGCAAGAAGUGCGAGCAGCUUAUCACCGAGUGUGUCCAUCAGCGCGACGCCAUCGAGAAGCUCAUCAAGGCUGGCGCAAACUCCGCCGGUCAUUACCUCUGGCAACUGCAGAUGCGCUAUGUCUACACGCCCGAGGGCAACUUCCUCGACCGUCUCCAUGUUCGCAUGGCCAACGCCAAGCUCAACUACGGCUUCGAGUACUUGGGUGUUCCAGAUCGCCUCGUCCGCACACCUCUGACCGACCGUUGCUUCCUCACUCUCACGCAAGCACUGUGCCAGCGUCUGGGUGGUUCGCCAUACGGCCCUGCUGGUACCGGCAAGACGGAGUCGGUCAAGGCGUUGGGUGUCCAGCUUGGAAGGUUUACGCUGGUCUUUUGCUGCGAUGACACCUUUGACUUCCAGGCCAUGGGUCGCAUUUUCCUUGGUAUCUGUCAGGUCGGCGCGUGGGGUUGCUUCGACGAGUUCAAUCGUCUCGAGGAGAGAAUCCUGUCCGCCGUGUCGCAGCAGAUCCAGAACAUUCAGCUCGGUCUCAAGCAGAGUGCCGAGGAGGACAAGGCUCAGAUUGAGCUGGUCGGCCGCCAGCUCAGCGUCAACGAAAACACCGGCAUCUUCAUAACCAUGAACCCUGGCUAUGCAGGCCGCUCGAACUUGCCAGACAAUCUCAAGAAGCUCUUCCGCAGCGUUGCCAUGUCGAAGCCCGACAAGGAGCUCAUCGCGGAAGUCAUGCUCUACUCUCAGGGUUUCAACCAGGCAAAGCAGCUUUCCAAACAGACCGUGCCAUUCUUCGACCAAUGCUCUGGCCAGCUUUCGAAGCAAGCACACUACGACUUCGGCCUGCGUGCCCUGAAGAGCGUCUUGGUCAGUUCUGGUGGUCUCAAACGUGCUCGUCUCAAUGACGGCAAUCUAGGCGUCGAAGAGGUCGUCGAGCCAGAGAUUAUUGUUCAGAGCAUUCGUGAGACAAUCGCUCCAAAGCUCAUCAAGUCCGACGUCGAGAUCAUGACUACAAUUGAGGGCCAAUGCUUCCCUGGCAUUGAAUAUGUGCCGGCAAAUCUCCAAGCGCUCGAAGAGGCCAUCCGCGGCCUUGCUGCGGAGCGUCAUCUCGUUGUCACCGAUACGUGGAUGACCAAGGUGUUGCAGCUGUACCAAAUCCAGAAGAUUCAUCACGGUGUCAUGAUGGUUGGUAACUCCGGUAGCGGGAAAUCUGCAGCGUGGCGCCUUCUUUUGGACGCACUUCAAAAGGUGGAAGGUGUCGAAGGCGUUUCUCACGUCAUUGACUCCAAGGUCAUGUCAAAGGAGGCCCUGUACGGAAACUUGGACUCGACCACGCGCGAGUGGACCGACGGUCUCUUCACGAGCAUUCUGCGCAAGAUUGUCGACAACCUGCGUGGCGAAGACUCGAAGCGGCACUGGAUCGUCUUCGACGGCGAUGUCGAUCCCGAGUGGGUUGAAAACUUGAACUCGGUGCUCGACGACAACAAGCUGCUCACGCUCCCCAACGGUGAGCGUUUGAAUUUACCGCCAAACGUUCGCAUCAUGUUCGAGGUGGAGACGUUGAAGUACGCCACCCUCGCUACUGUUAGUCGAUGCGGCAUGGUGUGGUUCAGCGAGGACACUGUUACACCUGGAAUGAUGGUCAACAACUAUCUCGAGACUCUGAGUAGCGUUCCGUUUGAAGACUUGGAUGAAGACAGCGUUGCCACAGGCCAAACGCCCGCCAAGAACUUGGUCGUUCAAGGGCAGGUCGCAGAAUUGCUCAGGGCUUACCUAACCUCGGACGACUUCAUCUUCCAGGUGCUUGAACGCGCCCAGGGGUACAACCAUAUCAUGGAGUUUACCGUCGCCCGUGUCCUCACAACGCUAUUUUCGUUGCUGAACAAGGCGGUCCGCGAUGUCAUCGAGUACAAUGGCCAGCACUCCGACUUUCCCUUGGACCCGGAGCAGGUCGAGGCCUUCAUCCCCAAGAAGCUGCUCCUCGCCCUUGUCUGGGCAUUGACCGGAGACUGCCCUCUCACUGACCGGAAAGCCUUUGGCGACGAUGUCUGCGCCCUUGCCAGCUUCGGAUCACCGCCUUUGGACGGCACGAGCUCACUCAUCGAUUUUGAUGUGAGCCUACCGAAAGCAGAGUGGACGUCGUGGCAGAACCAAGUGCCAACUAUCGAGGUCAACACGCACUCCAUCAUCCAGACCGAUGUCGUCAUCCCGACGCUGGAUACUGUUCGACACGAAGACGUUCUCUACUCAUGUGCUCUUCGCAAGCUUCCAAACAUGGAAGUCGUUGGCCUCAACUUUUCUAGCGCAACCACGCCGGACCUCUUGAUCAAGACGUUUGAGCAGUACUGCGAAUACAAGAAGACUCUCAACGGUGUCAUGCUCUCACCAACACAAAUUGGUCGAUGGCUCGUCAUCUUCUGCGACGAAAUCAACUUGCCGGCACCAGACAACUAUGGGACACAGCGGGCCAUCUCUUUCCUGCGCCAGCUCGUGGAACACAACGGUUUCUGGCGUACAUCUGACAAGUCGUGGGUCACGCUCGACCGGAUCCAGUUUGUCGGCGCCUGCAACCCGCCGACGGACGCUGGCCGUACUCCGCUUGGAGCGAGAUUCUUGCGCCAUGCACCUCUUAUCAUGGUGGACUAUCCAGGAGAACUGUCUCUCAACCAGAUUUACGGCACCUUCAACUCGGCCGUGCUCAAGAUCAUCCCUGCCCUGCGUGGAUACGCGGAACCUCUCACGCAUGCCAUGGUGCGGUUCUAUCUCGAGUCUCAACAAAGGUUCACACCAAAGAUCCAGCCGCACUAUGUAUACAGUCCCCGUGAGCUCACGCGCUGGGUUCGAGGCGUGUACGAGGCCAUCAAGCCGCUGGAAAGCCUGUCACUCGAAGGCUUGAUCCGCAUCUGGGCGCACGAAGCACUGCGUCUCUUCCAGGAUCGUUUGGUGGCAGAGGACGAGCGAAGGUGGACCGAUGAGGCGGUCAGGCGCAUUGCGCUUGAGUUCUUCCCUACUAUUGAAGAAGACAAGGCUCUCGGCGGCCCUAUUCUCUUCUCCAACUGGCUGUCCAAGAAUUACGUCCCCGUCGACCGGGAGCAGCUCCGCGAGUUUGUCAAAGCACGACUCAAAACAUUCUGCGAGGAAGAAGUUGAUGUGCCACUUAUCCUCUUCAACGAUGUCCUGGAGCAUGUGCUUCGCAUCGACCGUGUCUUCAGGCAGCCACAGGGACAUCUGAUCCUGAUUGGUGUCAGCGGGAGUGGCAAAACAACGCUCUCGCGAUUUGUUGCUUGGAUGAACGGCCUCAAGGUCUUCCAGAUCAAGGUUCAUGGCAAGUAUUCUGGAGAAGACUUUGACGAAGAUCUGCGCGAUGUCCUCCGUCGCUGUGGCUGCAAGGGCGAGAAGAUCUGCUUCAUCAUGGACGAGGCAAACGUGUUGGACUCUGGAUUCCUCGAGCGAAUGAAUACGCUUCUCGCCAACGCUGAGGUUCCUGGUCUCUUCGAGGGAGACGACUACGCUGCCUUGAUGACGGCGUGCAAGGAAGGUGCUCAGCGUCAAAAUCUGCACCUUGACUCUCCGGAGGAGCUGUACAAGUGGUUCACUCAACAGAUUGUCAACAACUUGCACGUCGUCUUUACGAUGAACCCACCAGAGGGUGGUUUGUCGUCCAAGGCCGCGACCAGUCCUGCCUUGUUCAACCGAUGCGUGCUCAACUGGUUUGGCGACUGGUCGGAUCAGGCUCUGUUCCAGGUUGGCCACGAGCUGACUCACUCUGUCGAUCUGGACAGGAGCAACUGGCAGUCUCCCGAUACGAUUCCUGUGGCCUUCCGCGGGCUCAACCUUCCACCGUCUCAUCGUGAGGCUGUCAUCAACUCUAUGGUCUACAUCCACUACUCGCUUCAGCGAUACAACAGGAAGCUAUACCAACAGCAGAAGAAGGUGACUUUCUUGACGCCUCGUCACUUCCUGGAUUUCGUUGGCCAGUAUGUCAAGUUGUACAAUGAGAAGCGUGAGGACUUGGAAGAACAGCAGCGUCACCUGAACGUCGGUCUCGAGAAGCUCAGGGACACGGUGGACAAGGUCCGUGAUCUGCGCGCCAGCCUCGCAGAGAAGAAGACCCAGCUGGAGCAGAAGGAUGCCGAGGCCAACGAGAAGCUGCAGCGCAUGGUUGCAGACCAGCGCGAGGCGGAGCAGAGAAAGAAUACCUCGCUGGAGAUUCAAGCAGCGCUGGAGAAGCAAGAAGCAGAAGUGGCAAUGCGGAAGAAGGUAGUUUUGGAGGAUCUCGCCAAGGCCGAGCCCGCCGUCGAGGAGGCCAAGGCCAGCGUCAGCAACAUCAAGCGACAACAUCUCACCGAAGUCCGGUCCAUGGGCAACCCCCCGCAGGGCGUACGACUUGCUCUCGACGCAGUCUGCACACUCCUCGGACACCGAAUCAACGACUGGAAAGCGGUCCAGGCGGUCGUGCGAAGGGAUGACUUCAUUGCGAGCAUUAUCAUGUUUGACAAUGCCAAGCAGAUGACCAGGCCGUUGAGGAUCAAGAUGCGCAACGAAUUCCUGUCCAACCCAGAAUUCACCUUUGAGAAGGUCAACAGAGCUUCCAAGGCUUGCGGUCCUCUCGUGCAAUGGGUCGCGGCUCAGGUCAACUACUCGGACAUUCUGGAUCGGGUCGGGCCGCUCAAGGAAGAGGUGACGCAGCUUGAGGAGCAGGCCCUGCAGACAAAGGCCGAGGCCAAGGCGGUGGAGAGCAACAUUGCCGAACUGGAGGCCAGCAUCAACACAUACAAGACGGAAUACGCCGCGCUCAUCAGCGAGACCCAAGCCAUCAAGGCCGAGAUGUCCAAGGUUCAGUUCAAGGUCGACCGAAGCGUCAGGCUCCUCGACAGCCUGUCAUCGGAGAGGACACGUUGGGAAGAGGGGAGCAAGUCUUUUGAGACGCAGAUCAGCACUCUCGUAGGCGACGUCCUGGUUGCUGCCGCGUUCUUGGCAUACAGCGGUCUCUACGACCAGACCUUCCGAAAGAGCAUGAUGGACGACUGGUGCCACCAGCUUCACCUAUCUGGCAUCCAGUACAAAUCUCCGAACCCCGUCACCGAGUACCUGUCGAGCGCAGACGAGCGGCUCAGCUGGCAAGAAAACACGCUGCCCGUCGACGACUUGUGCACGGAGAAUGCCAUCAUUCUCAAGCGGUUCAACCGAUACCCUCUCAUCAUCGACCCAUCAGGAAGGGUUACCGAAUUCCUUCAGAAAGAGUGCAAGGACAGACGCCUCACUGUUACGAGCUUCUUGGACGAUACUUUUACUAAGCAGCUCGAGAGCUCUCUGCGUUUCGGCAAUCCCAUUUUGAUACAAGACGCCGAGCAUCUAGACCCCAUUCUCAACCACGUCUUGAACAAGGAGUACCAGAGAACCGGCGGCCGCGUCCUGAUCCAGCUCGGCAAGCAAGAGAUUGACUUUUCGCCGUCGUUCAAGCUCUACCUGUCAACACGAGACCCCUCCGCGCAGUUUGCUCCCGAUAUUUGCAGCCGAACCACCUUUGUCAACUUUACGGUCACCAAGAGCAGUCUGCAAACACAAUCUCUCAACGACGUACUCAAGUCGGAGCGACCGGAUGUCGACGAGCGUCGCACCAACCUCAUCAAGCUCCAGGGAGAGUUCAAGGUCCACCUGCGCCAGCUCGAAAAGCAGCUCCUGCAGGCUCUCAACGAGUCUCGCGGCAACAUCCUCGACGACGACAACGUUAUCGAAACGCUCGAGACGCUCAAGACGGAGGCCGCUGAGAUCUCGGCCAAGAUGAGCAACACCGAGGGUGUCAUGGCCGAAGUCGAGGAGAUUACCCAGCAGUACGGCGUCAUCGCCAGCUCCUGCAGCGCCGUGUUCGCCGUCUUGGACCAGUUGCACUUCCUCAACCACUUCUACCAGUUCUCGCUGCAGUACUUCCUGGACAUUUUCCAAAUGGUGCUGCACGGCAACCAGCAUCUGGCCGGCGAGACCGAUCACAAUGCGCGCCGCGAUAUCAUCGUCAAGGACUUGUUUGUAAACACAUUCAAGCGAACGGCACUUGGUCUACUGCAGAAAGACCGCAUCACCUUGGGCAUGCUGCUUGCGCAGGCCUCGCCGUACAAGAUGGACAAGUCGCUUAUUGAUAUCAUCCUCGACCGCCGGGUCCAAGGCAAAGACUUGUCGUCCAACCCUGAGCUCAGAGACGAGGCAUUCAUGCAGGCUAGGAAGCUCGGCGUGCUCAAGGAGAAGCUGGACGGCAUAUCAAGUGGUGACUGGGACAGGUUCCUCGCUGAGGAGCUCGCCGAGGCGGCUGUGCCCCGAAUUUGGGACGAAAACACCGGGCCUGUUGACCAAGCGCUGCUGUCGCUCCUGCUCGUGAAGCUGUUCCGCAUGGACCGUUUCGUGCCGGCGGCUGAGCGCUUCGUCGGCCAGGUGUUUGGCAGCGACAUCUUCGACUACGUCGAGGACCUCGGGGCAACAGUCACUCAAGUCUCGGCCAGGCUGCCAAUUGCUCUGGUGUCCAGUCCUGGAUUCGACGCAAGCUACAAGGUGGACAACCUCGUGGAGAGGAUGAACGUCAAGUGCACCAACAUUGCCAUGGGUUCCAACGAAGGCUUGGCCAGCGCGGACAAGGCCAUCAGCAACGCAGCUCAGACGGGCUCAUGGGUACUUGUCAAGAACGUUCAUCUCGCACCUACGUGGCUCCAGAGCCUGGAGAAGCGAAUGGAGGCGCUCAACCCGCAAAAGGACUUCCGCCUCUUCUUGUCGAUGGAAUCGAGCCCCAAGAUCCCCGUCAACCUGAUUCGAGCCUCUCGCGUGCUCAUGUAUGAGCAACCCGCCGGUGUGAGGGCGAACAUGAAGGACUCGCUUUCGUCACUAUCGACACGGGCGACCAAGAGCCCCGUGGAGAGGACAAGACUCUACCUGCUCAUCUCGUUCUUGCAUGCAGUGGCACAAGAGCGGCUUCGGUAUGCGCCGAACCUUGGUUGGAAGGGCUUCUGGGAGUUCAACGACAGCGAUUACGAAUGCUCUGCAUUCAUCGUCGACACGUGGUUGGAGGGCGUCGCUGGCAACCGAACCAACAUUGCGCCGCAAAACAUCCCGUGGGACAUGAUUCGAUACCUAGUGACGGAGACAUAUGGCGGCAAGAUAGAUGACGAGGGCGACUUCAAGCUUCUCGGCCAGUUGGUGGCCUCUUUCCUGACACCGGCAGCAUAUGACGUGGACCACAAGCUCGUCGACGGACCGGACGGAGGGCUGCUCGUACCCUCGGGCACGAGCCUGCAGGACUUCAUGGGAUGGAUUCACAGGCUGCCAGAGCGCGAGCCGCCAACAUACCUCGGGCUGCCGGCCAACGCGGAGAAGCUCUUGUUGGUAGGUCUCGGAGAGAACCUGGUCGCAGACCUAGGCAGGGUGACGGAGCUGCUCGACCAAGGAGAGCAGCUGGUGACGGAUUCGUGA